GUAUUUUUACAUUUGCAAGUGGUGUUUAUUCAGUGUUUAUAGAGUGUUAUCUUGCAUUUCAUUAGUAACUACACUUUAUUACCUACUGUGAUUGUAUGUAAUGGGAAAAUUAACCGAACGAUGUAAUGAAAAAAUCGAAAUCUUGUGCAUGAGUGGUUUCGGAGAUAUGUCAGUUCUUUAAUGCAACUCAUCCUGAUCGGUCGCCUAUUAGCCAAAGCAUGAUAGAUAUGAUUCCAAACUGUUUACUUGACGCCUAGAUGGACCUAGGCGUAGCACUAUGGAAGGCGUCAUUGAUCAUGGCGUUGAUUGCUUUACCUAAACUAGUAGAUGGAAAUGCAGAUAUUAUUAGAAUAACUAGAAAUAUUGAUGGGGAUAUAUUUGUUGUAAAUCAAGAUAAAUCGAAGCCUUGUCAGGAAGACACCUGUAUAGUCCUUAGCCAGGGUACAGCCAAAUCCCUUGCCAAAGAAAAUUUGUGUAUGUGCAAGUGUCAUCCACAAAGGCCAGCAUUUAGAGAAGACUUAAAUACAUGUGUAGAAGAAAUACAAGAGUGUCCGCUUGCCCCUUUUGUAGGAGCCCUAUUACCACUUCAGGAAACAAUACCUUUGAUCUUCCUACCACAAAAAGGACAAAUCAUACAUCCUAGCAAAGAGAUAUUUUUUAAUGGUAUUCGAAAACCCAUUUGUGCAGUAUCUGGAGCUAAAUUUCUUACUGAGGAUGGAUGGACGGAUCUGCGAAAUCCUGUGGAUACUGAUAUUCCAUUUAGGUUGUAUCGCGAUGAAGGAAGAACAUUUCUGGAGUGGAUUGGCGAAAAAGAGCUGCAUCAAAAAAUUUCCGGACGACUCGUCCUGGUCCAACUGAUGUGUCGAGAAUUGGAAGCCGACCUUACCAUCGAUUCUAGUCAAACUUUCUUCUCGCCCUGUGUUUCCUUUCGAAUAGUAGGCUCACCAAUUAUUUUACAAACAAAUAUCACCGAAGUUUUGUUUUCACUAGAAGCCCAUUCUGCAACAGAAAGUUCGGAGGAGGGUCUCAGCGUUACUGAAUACGUUGCUAUCGCAAUUUGUUCUGUUUUAUUGGGUCUCAUUUACGUCGCGUCAAUUUUUUUAUAUUUACAUUUGAAGAAGAAGAAUUCCGCUAAGGAUUCUGUAAAAGGUAGAGAUAGUGACAGUAUAAUCGCCGUAGAAGAAGGAAUUGUAAAAAAUAAUCCACUUUUGGGAUUGUCUCAUCAUUUCAAUCCAUCUGAAAAUACAGCAUACAGCGAUUCCAACAACUCUGACACUGACAACGCUCCUGAUGUAAUUCCAAAUCUUGAAACACAAAUAACUUCAGCUAUAAUCCACACGCAACAAAGAAACCGCUACUGCAAAUCUUCCUCAUCAUCAUGUCAUUCUUCGGAUGGUUUUCAAGAUAAUUCCAGUUUUGAAUGUUUACCUGAAGAAAAUGUCUCUAUUGUGGAAACUCUGGAUGAUCGAACAGAUCACCUUAAAGGCCUAACAGGGACAGUCAGGAAAAAAUUGUAUUUUAAUCCUGCCUACUUUGAACCUCAUUUACUUUUGGCUCCUCCACCAGCCGCCUUAGAAUUCCUCGCAAAAAUUCGGGAAGUGAUCACCAUAGCUAAACAAAAAAUGGCCACCAAAAAAUAUGUCCCUAGUCUACUAAACAUACCAGAAGAAGAGCCCGGCAGUUACCUCAUAGGGCCCACCUUAGAUUUUUCGCGACCUUCAAGUCGAAGAGGAAGUGUGAUUAGCUUAAAACGAGAAAACAGCCGGCGAAAAUUGUGUUCAGGAUGCCCGGGAUGUGAACCUCAAGAUUUCGGAUUGAUUAGGGACGUACCUACUUUAGGUGCAUGUCAGAACUGUUCUUCAUCAAACGAAAGCAAACAAAACAGUAUUCAAAAGUGGCUUGAAGAUAUCCCAAUUUUACGUCUAGAUGAAAACUCUGGUCCCUCCAGCAGCCUUCGCAGCCCUAGAAGAAUCCGAUCUCCAACAAAAUCUUUACCACCAGAAAGUGUUUCUUCUGAAAGGGCAUUAUCCCUUAGAGCCGUUUCUGAAAAGGCACUAAAGCCGCAUAAAUCAGCAGUACAUCAGGGAAAAAAGAAAAUCGUAGCUAAAAGUACAGCGGGUACUAUGAAGAGUAAAGAAAAGAAGAUUUUCAAGCCCAAGUCUCCUCCUCCUCCUACCCCUAAGCAGGUAAAUGAAGACAAUUAUUAUGAUUGUGUCCCGGCGGAAGGGAGGACUAAUUUACCACCACCGGAUAUGAUACAAGAGGCCAUCGAAAUGGAGAGCCAAGAAACUACAAGAAUUCCAACGCUGACCAAGAAGCAAAUGAAUGCUGUGAUUAAUGAAUUAACCAUUCAUAAAAACAUGCUGGAAGCUGCCAAUCGAGAGUUGGCUAAACGAGCCAACGCUGGCUAUGAAACUGAUAGUUUGGAGAGAAAUAAUAAAAGUAAAGGCUGUUCAACGCCAUCAGACUAUACAGAAGUCCCCUCCUCUCAAGCUAGUCCGAGUUUAAGUACAGCUUUACCUGUAGAUGAAGAAAUCACCAUGCAAAACGCCAUACUAAAUCCAGAAGUACUUAACAAUCAUGAGCAACAUGAUUACGAGCUGGUGGUUUUACGUAACAACGGGGACAUUCAUAAACUACCUGAACUAUUCCAUGGAAAACAUGGUAGCGGUUAUUCACUAGUAAGUGAAGUGUAUGUAAAUAAUGGAUAUGGAAGUAAUCCAUCGUCACCAUCUGAGUCCAAUUGUUCUACUUUGGAAAAACGCACGCUCAAAGUGCGUUACGACGGAGUACAGCCUGGAAAAUUACUCAUCGAAGUUGAAGAUUGUCUGGACCAUUAUAUUCCAGUAAAUGAUUCGGAUGAAUUCGAUCCGGAUACCCUGGAUCGGCCAAAUAAAUAUGAAAAAAUGACCGUGCCCAGCAAUAAUGGUCAUUUAGACCAUUGUAAUCAGAUUUUGUUGAGGAGCAGUGGAAGCUUUAAAAGCAGUUGCGAUAAUUUUGAUAUUAAUGCUAAUAAUAUUGAAAUUAGUAACUUUAAUAGGGUUUUCGGAAGUCUAAGGGAGAUGUACGAGGAAAAAAGGAAGUUGGCCAGAGAAAGAGAACAGUUUAGCCUGGAGAGUAUGGAAACCGACGACGAAGGUAAAUUAUUGACUUUAGAGGAAAGGCAUUCAAAGAGACAACGAAUAAAAACAACGUCACAGGGAGCAGCUGUUCCACCAGAUUUGAUACCUCCACCCCCUCUCGACGGUGUAAUUUAUGAGCGGCCAAAACCACCUAGAAAAGUUACUCCAGAUAAGCUUCAAAUGUAUUCAAAAAACUCGCAGGGCAGGAGUGCUGACACAACCACGUUAAAUUCUGCCAGUACUCCUGAUAAUCAACUAGACUCGAAAGAAUACAAACUGUGCCUUCUUCAAAAAUCUAAAUCGAACGGUUUGGUUACCGACCUUAUUCAAACCGAGGACCUGAUUUUGAAAAAAAACGACAACGAUCAAUUCGUUUUCCAUUCCAGCAUCUCAAAUAUGCCUUAUCCUAUUCCAAUAAAAUCGUUUUUAAAAAAUGAGAAGAACUCACCCAAAGUGUUUUUUAAAAACAAGAAAAAUAACUGGCAAAAUACUUUUUUAAGACCAGAGGAUUCAGGUUAUCUCAGCACGGAUUCGAACGAAUCUAAAUUAAAGAAACUCUACUCUGAACAGAACUCUGAAACGGAUAAUGAGAGUGUUGGGGAUGCCCAGAGCGAGUCUGGUGCAGAAAGUGUAGAAACUCACUCAGUUUUUUUUGGAAGGUUCCAUAGGAAGCCUCAAAGUUUUUACACCACUUCAUUGGAUAGCGGUGUAUUAAACUGCGCCGAGGAAAAUUCAAGUAGCGACUCUGAGACUGUUAGUUAUACGACUGUUGUUCCUGUAAAUUCGAAUCAUAGUUCGCUUGUGUUGAGAUGAAGUAAUAUUAGUUGGUAAUUUGAAAAUACCCUUCUUUAGCUUUACAUUUAUAAUGACAAUUUGGGCUAAUACAACUUACUGAAAACAGUGUUUGAUGCUGGCAGAAACAAUUGCAGAUAUUCUACACACUGAUUAAAAGAUCUUGAACAAAAUGUACUUUUAUUCAAUGAACCAUCACUUUGUAUAUAGUUUUUAAUAUUGUGGUGUAAAGUGUAUACUUGUGUUUUAGCCAAAUGGAAUAAAUUUAAUUUACGUAGGCUUAUAAAUUCGAAGACCUGGUUAUGGGAUAUCAUAUAAUACUAGCCAAUAACUCAUUUAAUAUUUAAAAAACACAAAAAAAAAUAAAUGUCAAUGUAGGAGAUAAUAAAAAUGCUCCGCGUGAAAGUCUUCAUCAUAUCCUAAUGUCACUGACAUCGUGACUUUAAAUAUCAAAUUUUGCUAACAUUACUAAACUUCUUUCUGAGGUUAAUCCAGACAAUUAAAUCGAUGGGUUUUGUUUAAUACACGACUGUCAGUAUUGUUCCUUGGGUGCCCAAAUACCCAUGAUUUUAAACAUACAACAGAGUCAUGACCGGGAGCACGUAUUUUUUUAGGUCAUUUUAUAUGUUGCUCUUGAAGAUGCAGGGUAAUUGUUUUUUGCAGUUCAGUGGUUUGGCUAUUUGAAUUUCAUGACCUUAAGUAUUUAUAUUUGUGGACUAGUAUUAUUUCGCUACCACUGACCUUUAGGUUUUUACUUGGUAUCAAAUUUGAUACCAUGAUUUGCGUCUUUCCAAAGUUAAUAUUUAAACCGUAAACUUCUUUGCAAAUCGCAUCUUACUAAGUAAUCACAGUUCUAAUCUUCUCCCAAAUGAGAGAAUUUCGCCGUCAAUACAGAUUCAUUUGGUGCCCCAGUCUAACUGCUUGACAGCAUGUUUCAGAACUGCGGUAAUAAAUUUGGGAUAUAACGUGUUCCCUUGUCUAAUUCCUCUUUUGGCUUACUAUACAUUUUGUAUUUUUAUGCAAUCUUAAAGUCAUGGUAGCAUUGUUAUAUAUGUCUUUAAUCAGCUUAGAAUACCGAUAGUCUAUGGUGCUUUCGUCCAGCGCUUUCAUUACACUGUUUCUUUCGAUAAUAUCGAAUGCUUUGCGUCGACGAAGGCUAGGACCGGAGGUCGGUUGUAUUCGUCGAUGGAUUUUUCUAUAAGGCCUGUUAUACAGCGGAGUUAGUCGUUAGUGCGCACUUCUUUCCUAAAAUCCAUCCUUUCUUUAGAUUGAUAAAAGGCCAAUUUGAUUUUUAAGUGAUUUGCUAUAAUUUUUCUUGUGAAUAGCUUGUAGAGGUGGUAUAAAAAACAGGCUUAUGGGUCGGUAGUUUUCAUCUUCAACCCCAAAAGCAAUAUUUAUUUGUUUUCGGUAAGAAAACUGUAUUUCUCUCGUCUUAAAAUGCCUAUGUUAUAUUUAAUUCCAUAUGGCAUACAAACUUCUUAGUUUAAUCAGUCAUUAUUUAUGGCACGGUAGUUGAUGCCGGGUUGAGCUUUUCUUUUGGAAUUAAAUUCAGCUUAAAAGAAUGAAAUAUUUAAAUCAGGAUAUUUUUUUAUUAUGUAUAUUUAAAGAUUAUUUAUAUAAAAUAGCCAAAAAAAUUAAAGAGCUUAUUUAAUUUGAUAGAUGAAGCUAAAUAAAUAACUCGUUUAAUCAAAAUAGCUCUGACUUAAAUUCCAAGAAAAAAUCAUCCAUUUUAUUAAAUUAUAUAGAUACCUGCUUCAAAUUUUAUGAUUAGUUUUUUGCUUGACUUUGUGCUUAACCUAAGCUUUAGAAGGGUAUUUCAAGCAGUUUUUGAUAUAUGUGCUUUAAUAGUUCAUAGUUUUACGUUUAUAUAUUAGUUUCAACAAUAUUUACCUAAGUGCAAUACUGUAAAUUUGUGAUAUAUAUUUUUAACGGCCGGAGGUGCAAUAAAUAUUAGGUUUAGGUUUUUAUUUAAGAUAACUACAAUUUAAGACAAUAUUAUUAAGUAAUAGGUAUCUAACAUUAAUGUAAAGUACAAAAAUAUGUAAUUUUGAUGAAUUAAAUAAUACAAGCUGUCUGGGUUACAGACGGUUGGUUAGAUAUACAGGGUAUAAAGAAAGUUACGUGUCAAACUAAAAUUGAAAUUUAAUAUAUGAAAUUAACUUUUUUUUUAAUUACUACAAUAUUUACAGACAAUAUUAAACAUAGAAAAUCAAUUUCAUUAAAUUAGAUAAUACUAUUAAAACAUAGCACAACAAGUAGAUUGUAGGUAAUUUGUCAUAUUAAAUAUGAACCUUUUUUUGUUAAUUUUGCCAUUGUAUAAUUUGAUGCACUUUUUUUUUAAUGAUCUCAUGAAUAAUUAAUUCGGAUUUCAGUUAGAAGAGUUUGCAAGCCAGUAAGUAGAACUGCGUUCCAAUCUACCACCUUCAAAGGGUAAAUAAAUUCCAUUUUUUUCAAUAUUUUAUAGCGAUAUUAUUAGUAUUAAGGCAUUGAUCUCGAAAAAUGCAUAUUAUAGUCCAGGAUAUAUUUUUUUACAAAAAUUGACAUAUUCAUAUAUUAAAAUUUCGUCACGUAUGCCACGAGUAUACAGUUUGCUUAUAUGUCUACCAGCAAAGGAAAUUACGGGCAUGCAAAUGAUAUAUCGGACAAAAAUCAGAGUCUCAACUAGCUAAAGAUAAUUAUUAAUUCUAAUAUUAUUUCUCAAAAUUUAGGAUAAUUAAAAAAUUCAAAUAAUUAUUUGUGCUAUGUAAACGAUACGAAUGAAACGUAAUAUUCCAGUACCCUUUGUGGAGAGUCAGUGAGAUUGGUGUUGGCUUGGAAAAACAGCUGGAUCAACUUGUCGACCCCUUCAUAUAAUUGAAUAUUUACUGGACGAUUCAGGAACUGCUUGUUAUAAUUCCCAAAAAUAUCGAACUUAGACUCGUCAUAAAUUUGGCCUAGUACCUAAUAAUAACAUUCUUGCAUUUUAUUUAUGUUUCAUAAUUACCAAAUUUUGUUUUAAUAGGUAACAAAUAGGCAAAAAAUAAUAAGGACGGGUGGCAGUAUAUGCAACUUGGAAAAUACUAUAUUCUACAAUCUGCGAUAUAGGCCAACCUUUAAAUAAUUUAGAUUGCCUUCUUUGAAGGUAGACAAGUUAGGUUGCACAUAAUAGCGUAGCAUACAAGCUUACAAUUAUAGUUUUACUCCUAAAAACAUUAUUGGUCCAUUAGGACAAUACAAAUCUAUAUUACGAGUAGAUAUGUAAGUAGAUAUGUACACAUGUACACUUUUUGUGCCUCUUCGAACGAAAUCAAACCAUUCCUAACAAAACUUGUUUGUAAAUUAGCACUAUGAUGACUGUAUUUGAGAUAAUUAAUAAGUAAUAGAUCUGAAAGAGUGUGUAACACUAUACUACUAUUGGUAGAAAUCAUAGCGUAAAUCAUUAAUAUCAACUAUUUGAGUUGUCUAUCAAGUAAAACUUAAAUAGUUUAAUACUUGAAAUUGAAAAUUUAUAGUAUUUUAGCUUUCUGGGAAGAAGCAUAAAUGACACAUUGUUGUUGAUUUGAAAUUGUUGAAUUACAACUGUUUACUGCUAAAAAGAGAUACUUACGACUUAAAAUAAUUGGUGAUUCUAGUUUUUUCAUUUUUUUGGGAAAAAGGAACAAUGUUAUUUAAUGGAAUUUAUUGUAAUUAAAAAAAAUCCACUAGCUGCAAAAAAACGUUGGAAAGUGGAUUUUCUUUGUUCACUGGUAAUGGGACUGCUUGACAAAAAUUUAUAAUAUAUUUUAGGUACAGAAGUUGAAUUUAUUUACAAUAAUUUUAUUUACAAAAAAUUAAAACCCAGUAAUUUCCAACAAAAUAUAAUAACAGGUUUAUAAAUAUAGACGAAAUCUUUGUCAAUAUAAACCACUCUGUAACCCUUACGGCUUUGAUAAUGGUAACGUAGCGGUGCCUAAGAAGCCUGCAAUCUAUAAUGGUUAAUACAAUUUAAAAUAUAAACUAGGCAAAUAUUAAUAUAAUAAAUAAUGGCAUUAAGCCCACGAAUUAAUUUUGACGUAGAAUUUAAGAUACAUAGCAUUAAUUUUAAUUAACAUAAGAGUGAUACCUUUGUGCAAUAAAACGUAUCGAGUGCAAUAACUAGUGCAAUAUUUACAAUAAUUUAUUUUUUAAUUUGGGUAAUAUUUAGGUAAGUUGCUUGUAAAAAUAUUUAAGUGCUUCUAAGUACCUGCACUAUUGUUCGGGUUUAAAUUGAAAUAUAUGUGUUUUAUUUCGUUUUUAUAUAAUAUUGUAACGUUAAUUAAUGUUGUUUGUACUUAAACACUAAAGACAGUAAAACUUAAAAAGUGUCUUUGCUUUACGCUAACACAUUUUUCUAUUCUCUGUAUAGGUUAAGCUUAGUAAUUAAUAAUAGUAGUACUUUAAGCAAAGAUAUGCAAUGAAAUAAAUACUAAAAAUGUGAAAAACAUGUUUAUAGAGGUAACUACAUACAGGGAGUCACAAGCUUGUAGCGAAGUAUAAUGAACUAUCAAUAUAUACACUUCAGCAAUUAAAUGGGGGCAAAGAAGGCAUGUUAAUGCUUAAUAAAGUAGCAUAUCGUGAGCGUAAGUCAAGUUUUACAAUCAAAAUGUGUACUAAAUUUAUGUAUGUGUGUAGAUACUAUACAUUUAACUUGGGCACCACGAUAACUAUAAUCAACUAAUACAUUUGUUACAACUAAUAAUAAGAUUGUGAGCCAUUCCAAUCUUGAGAUUUAAUUCGCACUAUGACUUUCAAUUUACUGUAAGGCAUUAUUUAUUCAUAGAUUUAAACUGAAAAUUUUUAGCUACCUUCCAUAAGGCAAAACAUUACUAUCAGUGUUAUGACAUUCAUUAAAAGGGGAAUGAUUUUCGGUUUUAUUCUUAUCUAUUCCAGUUGCCUUUAAAACUAUCUUAAAUUUUCGUAAAGUUAUCUAGUUUUCGAAAAUAUAUCCUUCUAGUCCGAAUUUCUUGAAAUAAAAUUACUCAUAAUUCAUUCAAACUCAUAAUUAGAGUAAAAAUUAAAAAUAAUAUUUUAUCCUUAAAAACAAUUUGAAUAAUAUUCAAAGUUUCACGUACCUUAGUACAAAGUUCAUCUAAAGGCAUCUUAGGGGCACGUUUAAGACUAUGACUACAACUUUCUUUCUCUCAAAGGAAAAAAUCAUUUGAAGAAAAAUCGGGAGCUCUAUGAGGCCACUUAAUCGUACCCUUUGUUCCAAUAAUGUGGUUAGCGAAGAUAGGUUCUAAAGUGUCCAACUUUGUUUGCAUUAUGAGCACGACAUAUUGUUGGUACCAGUGGUCAUCUAAAUUGACAUUUAGUCGCCGGAGAGUAGGAGUAAUUUGUUCCCUUAAAAAAUUAAAAUAUUUCUUCCCAUUUAAGUUGUCAUCAACAAAAGAAGAACCGAUAAUUAAGUUUCCCACAUCUUUGCAGGCGCUUAAAUUCAUCUUUUGAGGAUACUGAAUUUUAGUUGCAAAAUUAAAAUGUUUAUUUUUUGUUGAGUAACCUUAAUCAGCCGAUAAAUUGUGAUGUCCAUAAAGGGAAAAGAUGACUCAUCAGUGAAUAAAGUAUCUCUUUGAAUGCUUCAUCCUUGUUCGCAUGUUCCAUCACUUUUUCACAAAACACAAUCCGCUUUAGUUGGACCUCUAAAAAAAUAGCUUUGGUUGUUUGCAAUUUAAAACAUUUAAAUUUAAUUACAAGGGGGACAUUUACGAUAUUCUUGUAAACAUCCAUACUUUUCAAACUUGGAUGAAUUCCAAAAUCGUAGAUUUUACUAGAAUUGGUCCACUUUGAAAAGAAAAUGAAAACCUGUCAAUUAUAUCCUGUGGCAUUUAAUUUGUUUCUGUUUUUGAUCGAUCGUAUAAGUAGAUAUUUUGUGCAAAUUGAUAAAAGGGAUUGAAUAUAGGUAUUUCCUAUGAUCGGGGCUUUCAUUUCCAUACCCCCAUAACUCGGAUACAACAAUAAUUAUACUGAAAUAAAACAUUUGGUAUAACUUCCAUAAAUAAGUUUAAUUAUUAACGUCGUAAGCCCUUUUAGUUACAAUGUCAGUGACCCAAUCAAUCAAAUACGAAGACACACAUAAUAACAAUUAUAAUAUUUUAAUCAUAUUAUAGUUUCACUGCUUUGAAUGCAAAACUGAUAUCAUUAUCUAAAUUCUGUUAUAUAGAUUAUUCAAUCUAUUCACGUAAUCUUACUUUUUGUUACUUUUCUUUCUUAAUUUUAUUAUUCGCGUUACAUUUUUGCUUUAAGUCGUUAAUUUAUGCGCCUUCUUUGCGCCAAUUUUUUUUGCCAAAUUUGCCUUCAUAUAAUUUAGCUUGUACCUCUUUCGGCUCCGCAAAUUUCAUCAUACCAUUGAAUCCUAAAAAUCCUUUAAAUUAUAAUUCUUAAGAAUCUAUUAUAAAAAAAGAAAACUAAUUGAUAUUAUCUAGUUCGUAUUAUCCAUACCUUAUUAGUGCAAUAUCUUUUCUUUCCUAAAUUUAGGAUUAGGAAUUAAUGAAAAUAUGGUGACUGAAAAUAAAUGCUAUAAUUAAGUUUAAUUUAAGAGUAUUUUUGUUAAAUAAUAUAUUUUUGAAAGGGAAUAAAACUGAAAUUAACUUAUUUUAUUUGAGAAACAGGUCGCUCAAAUUAUUUAAAUUUCAUAUUAAUUUAAUGUUAAGCUUCACUGGCAAUGAUAACGUUUAGACUCGCCAAUCUCUUUACCUUCACAUUGUGACAAAGAUUAUUUUCAGUUUUAUACAGGCAAUUUUAAAACUAGGCACUUCAUCCUAUUCCGUAGGAAAAGUCAAUAUUUCAAUAUAUCAAUACCCUAUUAUGUCUAUUUAAUUUAUUUGUCUUGACUAUGCAUCAAAUCAAAUGGAUACAUGAGUGCCGGUCAGUGAACGUUAUUAUUUCAGUAGUACUUAUUAAGCUAUUUUUUAUAUAUUUAAGCUAUGUUUUUAUUAUAUUGGUUCUUUUGCCGCUUUUUAACAAUUUAAGGUGGCGGAUGAGAAUUUGUUAUGUACAAAUUUUUACAUUUUUAUUGAUUUCAAUGCUCAUUUUUGUUAUGUUUUUCUAUUUAUUAUUUCUUGUUUUGUUUUUAUCGAAAAAAAAUUAUAUAUGAAUAUAUUUAAAUAUAAGUUUAUAAUACGACUGAACAAGUAUUUUUAGAAAUUAAUUAAAUAAAGG